CACAGUUGCACACUAGCACACAGCCACACACACGAUUGUGCCCAUGCAGACGCUCCAAUUUGUGUUAAUCAACCUCUGGCUGAUCGACACACACACACUGAUUCUGGGACAGUCUCAAUCCCUUGGAGAGGCACCUUGCCGAGAGAGGGAGCAGGAAAAGAGACGGAGGAGUAUUUUUAGAGAAAAAUGGGGCCUCACAAUACCGUUUUAGAGAGAGAUUUUAUUAAGGAGCCGAGUGGAGCGAGGGCGUCCCAGUUUUCUGAUUAACACUGUGCUAACAGGCUGGAGGACUGCAGGGGCACACUCUGGGAGGAGAUGCUGGAGCAAACCUGUGACUGAACUACACCGGAAUGCCAUGUCACCCUUUUCCCGUUUUGAGAAAGCAGUGUGGAGGACUCUGAAGAUGGAGUGUUGUGAAUUGGCAUACGCCUGGUGUUUGAAUAGAGCCUGUCUGUGUGGUCCGAGAGGCUUUUUCACUGUAGUGAUGCGGAAGGCGUGUUUGGUUGGAUACUAGCUCACAUGCAGGCCAGCUGCUGUUUGAUAAAAGUGUGAGGCAAGAUGAAGAAAUUUCUACAGAACAAGAAAGGCAGAUACUCUUUCCGGAACCAGAACAAGGCUGCCGUUCCUCGCAAUCCAUCUAAAGACUACUUUAUUGGAAUGCCGACGUCCAAUCAGGGCUGGCCAGAGGAGUUUGGCUUCCGGCUAGGAGGAAAUGGUCCCAGCUACAUCCUGUCUGUGGAGGAGGGCAGCAGUGCCUACCUGGCAGGCCUGCAGCCAGGUGACCAGGUGCUGGAGAUCGAGGGCCAGAAUGUGUCCACUCUGGGACCCCAGGCUGUCAUCGCCAUUGCUCAGACCCAGAGGAACAUCCCUCCCAGUAUCGGAGUGGUUUCUCGCAUCCAGCAGAUGGAUAUUACCCCGGGUCCUGACGGCCGCUUCGGUUUCACCAUCGUAGGGGACUGCCCCCUCCUCGUGGAGGACUGUUCUCCUUGCUCUCCGGCGGGACGGGGAGGCCUGCGUGCCGGUGACUACGUCAUGGAGGUGAACGGGAUCCCGGUACGGCAGCACGAGGUGGCGGCAGCGCUGAUCAAGGCGUCCCAAGGGAGGACCCUACGUCUGGGGGUGCUGUGUCUGGGCUCCAGGCAGAAAGUGCGCACCAGUGGAAGCGCGGACGAGACCCAGCGCGGGAGGGACUGCUUGAGGGCGGACCGCAAACACAAGGCCUUGGAGUUUAACAGGAAGAUUGACCAGAUCUUGGGGGAAGAGCCAGAGGUGAAGGAGAGGCUGUUUGCGGUGCUGAAGCAGUAUGCUGCGGAAAAGAAGGUUGAUUGGCUAGCCUCAGUCCUCCCUGACAUCCUCACCACAGAAGAACAGCAGACGCUAAUUGGCAACAUCAGGAUCUUCAUCCCCAAGAAACACCGGCAGCGUUUCGACGAGGCCGUGUCCCAGAGCCUGAUACAGAGGAUCUGUCGCAGCAAGAGCAUCAGCGAGCCGGGCCAGCAGGGUCGGCUGAGACGCAGUCGCAGUGAGGACCACCCCGACCGCCAUCGCAGCUCCAAACGGGCCAGCUCAGUACCCCGGGACCCCGGGGAGGAAGGAGGGGGACCGGAGAGAGGAGAGAGGGGGUACAGGAAGUCCUCGUCCGGCAUACCCGGGCAUAAAUCAGGAGCUAAUCAGAGCCUCCGUGCUCCCCCCAGGACGGUGAGGGUGUACAGGGGGAAGAAGAGCUUCGGCUUCACCCUAAGAGGCCAUGCCCCGGUCUGUAUCGACUCGGUCAUCCCAGACAGCCCAGCAGAGGAAUGCGGUCUGAAACCAGGGGAUCGUAUCCUUUUCCUCAAUGGGCUGGACAUGAGGAACUGUUCCCAUGAGAAGGUGGUGUCCAUGCUGCAGGGCAGCGGGGCCAUGCCCACCCUGGUGGUGGAGGACGGUCCCUCUGGUUACUCCCACUCUGACCAGGAAGAUUCUUCCCCAGGGCUAGCCCCCGCCGUGGCCCCCAGGUCCCGCUCCCGCUCCCCAGUCCCCCUCAGCUCUCUGCAGUGGGUGGCUGAGAUCCUCCCCCCGAGCAUCAAAGUCCACGGACGCACCUUCAGCCAGCAGCUGGAUCACCUGCUGACCGUGCAGGAGCGUUACUCCGUCUGCAAGGCCCUGGAGACCUUCUUCCAGCACAGAGUACAGAAUCAAAGAGUCACCAAGAAAAAUUCCCUAUCAACAUUACUGAAUAGCAAUAAACCUUUUCGAAAAAAUGUGGACACGCUGAUUGUUGACGUGUUCCCCGUGUUGGACACUCCAGCCAAGCAGGUGAUCUGGCAGUUUAUCUACCAGCUACUGACCUACGAGGAGCAGGAACACUGUCAAAGCAAGAUCUCACGCUUCCUGGGCUUCAAAACGGCAGCGGAGCCUGAGCCAGAGCCAGGUGCAGGACAGGAGCACCACAGGAGAAGCAGCUCAAUGCGUGUGUCGGGAAGCUCCUACAGAGGCAGCGUACGGGAGAGAAGCUCAGAUGACUGCAUUAUUGGGACACACCUGGGAAUGGGGAUUCAUGUGGAGGCGCCAGGGAGCGGGACACCCGGAGAAAGACAGUGUGGAGAUGGCACCUCCUUCCCAGAGUCCCCCGACCUCAGUCACAUGUCAGGAGCGUACACAGAGCUGGAGAACGCAGGGAAGAGAGCCAUGAAGGCCAUGCAGCAGAGUCGCUGCUCUCCUCUGACUCUGCCUGAACGAGAGGAGCUGGGACAGACUGACGCUCAUGGCCAGUCUCCAGCUCGCUCCUCCCUCAGUCAAGGUAGCGCAGGAAACAGUAAGUCUGGUCUGUCUCUGUCGUGGAAGGAGUCCCAACCUGACCCUCUGUAUGAGUUCUACCACGGGGGAACCGUCCCUUCUCCGGGCAGCGCUGACUCAAACCCGUACGUGAGCCUGGAAAGCCCUCCUCCAUCUCCCCAGCAAUCGGACGACCCCCCCAGCCCACUGUCCCGACGCAGGAAGCUCUUCACCUUCUCCAGACCCCCCAGGAGCAGGGACACGGACAAGUUUCUGGACGCCCUGAGCGAACAGUUGGGCCACCGUGUCACUCUGGUGGAUGACUUCCUCCCUGGAGAGAACGACUAUGAGGAGAUGAGUUUCCAGGAUGAACAGGAGGUGAACUACCUCCCUCGGCAGCUGAGCAGUGCCAGCAGCGAGGACAUCAGCAGCAACGACGACGCCACCUCCGCCAGCUACUCCUCCGGCUCGGAACACAUCCCCAUUCCCCCGCCCCCCCAGCGGGCCCCGCCGCCCCCUCCCUUCCCCACCCCACUACCACCGCCCCCCUUUGGCUUCUCCGACCCUCUACCCAUUACUCCCGUCCUCUCUCGCUUCUCCCCGGGGCACAUGCCCAGGGCGCGCACGUCCUUCCAGCCGCAGCAUCCCAUCAUCCCUCCUCCCCCGCCCCCUCCACGGGCCUUCAUGUACAACAGGCCCACCCUACACCGGGGGCUGUCCACCAAGGAUGAGCCCCAGGGUGGCCUACAUCACCAAGCCCCACAGAUGACCCUCCCCCUGGCCCCUCGCUACUCUCCCCAGCCCUCUCGGCCCCGGAACCUGCCCCGCCAGGUCAGCCAGCCGCAGCCCCUGACCCAGUCCAUCCUGCCUCCCCAGCCCAACAGGGAAAGCCAGCUCGCGCUCCAGAGGCACCACCAGCUUCACCACCAGCCCUACCAACCCCAGCCCAAGACCCACCUUAGCCACAGCCUGCCCCCCCCGGCACCUCACCAGACGCCAUCCCAAAGUCACCCUCCCCAGGCCCCUCCCUUGCAGACCUACGAGACCCCCAUGACAGUGUCAGAGCUCCAGAAAGAGCUGCAGAAACACCAGGUCCCCCCACCUCCCCCUCCGCCCCUGCCGCCUCCAUGCGUACCGCCUCCACUGCCCAAUCCCAGCUCCCACGCCGGGGACACCAACCACAUGAGUGUCAAGAGGCUCCGCUGGGAGCAAGUGGAGAACUCUGAGGGAACCAUCUGGGGACAGCUUGGAGAGGACCCCGACUACGACAAGCUCAGUGACAUGGUGAAGUACCUUGAUCUCGAGUUGCACUUUGGUACCCAACGGAGUUCCAUCUCUCUUCCAGAGCCAGCCUUCCUGCCUGAGAGUUUUAAAAAGAAAGAGGUGGUGGAGAUUCUAUCUUAUAAGAAGGCCUACAACGCCUCCAUCCUGAUCGCUCACCUGAAGCUGUCUCCCGGUCAGCUGCGGCAGGUGCUGCUGACCAUGGACACAGACAGGCUGGAGCCAGCCCAUAUCAAGCAGUUGCUGCUCUAUGCACCCGAUGACGAAGAGGUCAAACAGUACCAGCGCUUCGACCAGGACCCCUCCAAACUCAGCGAGCCUGACCAGUUUGUUCUGCAGAUGCUGAUGGUUCCUGAGUAUAAGACUCGUCUGCGGAGCCUCUAUUUCAAGACGACUCUGCAGGAGAAGACCGAGGAGAUGAAGGCUGGAUACGAAUGUAUCUACAAGGCAUCAGUGGAACUCAGGAGUAGCAAGAAACUGGCCAAGAUCCUUGAGUUUGUGCUGGCAAUGGGAAAUUACCUAAACAACGGUCAGCCAAAGACAAACAAAACCACAGGCUUUAAAAUCAACUUCCUCACUGAGCUCAGUACCACUAAAACCGUGGAUGGUAAAUCCACCUUCCUCCAUAUUCUUGCCAAGUCGUUAUGCCAACAUUUCCCUGAACUGCUGAACUUCUCCAGGGACCUUACAACCGUGCCACUCGCAGCCAAAGUGAAUCAGCGAGUCCUGACCGCUGAGCUAAAUGACCUUCACUCCACCAUCCAGGAUAUUAGGACAGCCUGUCAGAAGAUCCCUCCGACGGCUGAAGAUCACUUUGCUGCCGUCAUGAGUAGCUUCCUAGAGAACACACACCCAGCUGUCCAGUCUCUGGACUCUCUGCAGCUGAGAGCCAUGGAUGAGUUCACUAAGGUGGCCUCGUACUUCGGUGAGGACAGCAAGGCCACCUCGACUGAGACCUUCUUUGCCAUUUUCGCAGAGUUCACUUCCAAGUUUGAGAGAGCACUGAAUGAGACCCAAGUCACAGAGAAUCCCCGCAGUCCCAGAGUGGCCUCCCCAUUGGCUUGGUAGAGACUGAAUUACACCCUUUCUCUCCUAAACCAAAGUGCCAAGACAACUCCAACAAACAGUCAGCUACUGGGACACACAAACAAUAAUCUUGAACACUCAGAAGCAGAAUGACCAUUAGCCAGGAGUUUUCCAUGUAAUCUGACCCAAAAAAGCUGAGCCCUAGAGUUUUUCCUGGUAUGGUUAAGUGGCUUUACACAGUGGUCUCAAAACUUUUCCAGGAGCAUUACCCUAGUGUAGCAUUUUGCUCCAACCCCAGUUAUAACUAACCGGAUUCAGAUGAUCAGUUAGCUAGAUAUUAGAAUCAGAUAGGAUAAAUUAAGGUUGGAUUGAAAACAUACAGGAUGGUAGUUCCCCAGAAGCAGGGUUGGAGAGCAAGCUCUAGAAAUUAUUAAUGAAUAUUAGACAAUUUUGAUAGGCGUUCAAAUAUGGAUUGAUGCUGCCAGGUGGACAGGAUGACAAAAGAUAAGUUUAGAUAGUGUAUAUAUUUUAUAUGGAAUUAUAUUUGAAAUUCUGAAGAAAACAUAGACGUAUAUGACUAUUACAUUUUACAUGUCUGAAAGGCAACAUUAAUGUUGUCAAGAGCGGAGCACAGCUUUAACUGAUGGAUUUGAUCUGCAAAGUGCACUACAACAGACACUCCUAUUCCAUUACAGAUUCUCACAUAGAUUAUUUAAUGAUGCAGAAUGCAGUAUUAACCUACUAAGAAUCAGAACAUUGGCAUCACAAUGUACUGUGAACUAUUAUUACAAAAUACAUAGAAGCUUUCUGGUGCCAAUGUACUUGCUGUCAUUGUAACAUUUGGCAUUACAAAAUGGUCUCUUUGCAAGGGAAAUAAAAUAGAAUAAAACCACUCUCCUGAGUGUUUUAUUUGUAUGAUGGGGCUGAUAUACUGUAUGAAUUGCUUCUAACUGAAAGACAUCAGUCGAUUUUAGAAUGAGCUGUCCAGGCGGUCAUUGCAGUCACUGUGGUUGUUACUGAUGUUGAACCAUCCAUCCCACUGCCGUUUAUUUCACUGGUAUUUCUAUCUUGUUUUAGAAUACACGUUUAUUGUUUGUGGAUGAUCUUCUAAGCUGUUUUGAAGGUAUGUCUUUGAUACUGUAUUUGUUUCUACUUAUCCCUUCAUAAAACUGUACCUUUUUUACAUUGGAAUUUCAGUCAAAGCUGCCAUAAUGAAAAUACAGAUGUACUUGUUGUAUUUAUUGUCUUAGGCUUGCAAUUCAUCAUGUUCAAAAAGUCUACACAUUUAAAUCUUGCCACAUUUAUAGUGCAGUGUUACAACAACUAUCUGAAGCAUUUGCAUGGUGUUCAUUGUGUUACAAGAAUUGUACAUCUGGAUUUGUUUACUUUUAAGGAUUUUCACAAGCCACCUAGCUGGCUAUCUUAAGAGGAAUGCACUAACAGUUUGCCAUUCUGCAGAAGAGUGUCUGCUAAAUAACUAAAUUAUAAAUGUACUGUUGGCUUGAUAUGUAGGCCUAUUAUAACAUUUGGUCUAUUGAGGUUUAUUGUUAAUUUAUUGAAACUUUCAUUUUGUAUGUGUUUUUAUAUGUUUUCAUUUAUAUGAAUGGAUUACUGUGUAUAUAGUUCAAAAACGUUGACUUUUAUGUUGGCCAUAACAAGGUUGCUUCUUGAUCAGUUGUAUUUGUUUUGGAUCUGUAAAAAUACAAAUGCUUGACAAAUAAAACUGCCUGUUCACCUCCA